AUGGCUUCUGAAGGAGGGUUUGGUAGCAUCCCUGUUCCUGCCUAUGCUGAUCCUGAUCAUUCCAUGGGUCGAGUGCGUUCCUGGCCGGAGCCGCAGCCAUGGACCCGUCAGCGCUGCGCUCCGGAUCACCGCAGAGCAGAGACCCCAGGGAUUUCGGAUCGCUUCGUUUCCAGCCUUCGUCGCAUCUCAGCUUCUCGUAACACGAAUGAGAUCCAGCUGAGGAUGGACCCCCGGAGCAAGCACAAGUUUAAGAUCCACACGUAUGGCAGCCCAACCUUCUGCGACCACUGUGGGUCCCUGCUCUACGGGCUGAUCCACCAAGGGAUGAAAUGUGACACCUGUGAUAUGAAUGUGCAUAAGCAAUGUGUGAUAAAUGUCCCGAGCCUCUGUGGAAUGGAUCACACAGAGAAAAGAGGAAGGAUUUAUCUGAAAGCUGAAGUCACUGGGGACAAACUGGAAGUAACAGUGCGAGAAGCAAAAAAUCUAAUUCCUAUGGAUCCAAAUGGACUUUCAGAUCCUUACGUUAAACUGAAACUCAUCCCAGAUCCUAAGAAUGAAAGUAAACAAAAAACAAAAACCAUCCGUUCUACACUGAAUCCGCACUGGAAUGAGUCGUUUGCUUUUAAAUUAAAACCUGCAGACAAAGAUCGACGGUUAUCUGUAGAGGUCUGGGACUGGGAUCGAACGACCAGAAAUGAUUUCAUGGGAUCACUGUCAUUUGGGGUGUCAGAGCUUAUGAAAAUGCCAGCCAGUGGAUGGUACAAGCUGCUGAAUCAAGAAGAAGGUGAAUAUUAUAAUGUUCCAAUUCCCGAUGCUGAUGAAGAUGGAAAUGCAGAGCUCAGACAGAAGUUUGAGAAAGCCAAACUGGGGCCCGCUGGUAACAAAGUCAUUACUCCAACAGAAGACAGGGUGUCGAGCGUGCCCUCCAACAACCUGGACAGGGUGAAGCUCACCGACUUCAACUUCCUCAUGGUGCUCGGGAAGGGGAGCUUUGGAAAAGUGAUGCUGGCGGACAGGAAGGAGACAGAGGAGCUCUAUGCAAUCAAAAUACUGAAGAAGGACGUGGUGAUUCAGGACGAUGACGUCGAAUGCACGAUGGUUGAGAAACGUGUCCUAGCGCUGCAGGAUAAGCCGCCUUUCCUAACACAGCUUCACUCUUGUUUCCAGACGAUCGACCGUCUCUAUUUUGUUAUGGAGUAUGUGAAUGGUGGUGACCUCAUGUAUCACAUUCAGCAAGUGGGAAAGUUUAAGGAGCCACAAGCAGUGUUCUAUGCAGCCGAGAUCUCAAUUGGGCUGUUCUUUCUCCACAACAAAGGGAUUGUUUAUAGAGAUCUGAAAUUAGAUAACGUGAUGUUGGAUUCCGAAGGACACAUUAAAAUUGCUGAUUUUGGAAUGUGCAAAGAACAUAUGUUGAAUGGGGUAACGACCAGGACCUUCUGCGGCACUCCGGACUACAUCGCACCAGAGAUCAUCGCGUACCAGCCCUACGGGAAGUCGGUGGAUUGGUGGGCGUACGGAGUGCUGCUCUACGAGAUGCUGGCUGGCCAGCCUCCAUUUGAUGGAGAAGAUGAAGAUGAACUUUUCCAGUCCAUAAUGGAGCAUAAUGUCUCCUAUCCAAAAUCACUCUCCAAAGAAGCCGUCUCCAUCUGCAAGGGGCUAAUGACUAAACAUCCCGCGAAACGCCUCGGCUGCGGCCUUGAAGGUGAAAGAGACAUCAGAGAGCAUGCUUUCUUCAGGAGAAUUGACUGGGAAAAGCUGGAAAACAGAGAGAUCCAGCCGCCUUUCAAGCCUAAAGUGUGUGGCAAAGGUGCUGAGAACUUCGAUAAAUUCUUCACGCGAGGACAGCCAGUGUUAACCCCUCCGGAUCAGCUGGUCAUUGCUAACAUAGACCAAACGGAUUUCGAAGGAUUCUCUUAUGUCAACCCCCAGUUUGUACACCCCCUUUUACAAAAUGUAGCAUGAAACAGCAAAAUAGGAACAAAUCGCACAAUGGGAACGGUCCUGAACCCUAGAAUUUUUAGGCCUUUACCUUGUUGAUUCCUUUUGGGCCUGAAAAUUGUGGGGUCAGGAAGCUUAAGGUGGGGGAAAGGCCACUAAUUCAGGAUGUUGGCUUUGCAACUGAGAUGUUACAUUAAUGGAAGAUUAAGAAGUAUACAGUGCCCAUUUAUUCUGCUACAAGUCACCACUGACUCAUCUAAAGUUUACCCUUUUUUGGUAUGUUAUAUGUUUUUGUAACUUCCACUAUCCUUCUGCUCCCUUUUCCACUCUACUAUGUUAGAAAUAUAACAUUGAUCUAA